AUGGGGGACGGGAGAUGGUCCUACGACAUGAAGAUAAUCUCUGAUAGGAGUCUCCCAUGUCAAUGCCUUUGCCUUUGCCCAAUGAAUCAAUCCCCGAUUUCCGCUGCAGAUUCAGACGGAAAGGAUGUUCCCGCUGGUGAUCUGAGGAGUCUCCCAUGUCAAUGCCUUUGCCUUUGCCCAAUGAACCAAUCCCCGAUUUCCGCUGCAGAUUCAGACGGAAAGGAUGUUCCCGCUGGUGAUCUGAGCUUCUCGUCUCAGAGGAGUCUCCCAUGUCAAUGCCUUUGCCUUUGCCCAAUGAAUCAAUCUCCGAUUUCCGCUGCAGAUUCAGGCGGAAAGGGCGUUCCCGCUGUCUGGCGAGCCCGUGGAACUUCGGAGAUGGUACGUCCUGAGUUUGAUUCUCGAUUUGAGUUGCUAGGCGCAUUCACAACGGGAGGUCCGGUGUUUUCGAAAGUGAGACUCUUUUUUGCCGAGCUUCCCGUCUCAGAGGAGUCUCCCAUGUCAAUGCCUUUGCCUUUGCCCAAUGAAUCAAUCCCCGAUUUCCGCUGCAGAUUCAGACGGAAAGGACGUUCCCGCUGGUGA